CUCCAGAGCCAGACAACACAGAUGUUGUGGCCUGUUAACAGUUGGAAUCGGUGAGAGUUGGAUGUGAAAGCUAUUAGCCUUCGAAAUGCCUCCGCAGCAUCGAAUGAAAGCCGCUAACGAAAAAGCGGCGAAAAACAUCACGAACAGAGGAAACGUUGUCACUAGCUCGAGGCAAGGCAGUGAUAAAUAUCCUGUUGGUCCCUGGCUGCUGGGUCUCUUUGUCUUCGUUGUUUGUGGUUCAGCUGUGUUCCAGAUCAUCCAGUCCAUUCGUAUGGCUUGAUCAGGCAUCUUGACCGUGUCAUCACCUUGGCUCCUCUUUGGUACAACUUUUGAAAAUUCAUCACUCGGGCUCCGCAUUCUAAUAUUGACCAGUUGCUACAGUAUUCUGGAAUAAACUUUGGUUGUUUGCGCCUUCUGAUAGUCGACUCAUAUUGAUUUUGGAGUUUGCUUUCCCAUUAUGAAUUUAUUUUUGUUGUUUUGACAUUUUUGUACUGGCUGCACAAAAAUUUGGAUUCAAUCAGUUUUGGUGUUCAUUUCUUAAAGUAAAGUGUGUGUGUGUGGCUGUGUGCUGCACUGAGGAUCUGCUAUAUCUGGCCAUUUUCUACUUUUUUAAUGCGUUCAGCUUUUAUAUUGCAUAAUUAUGUUCUAGAAUAAUUUUGUUGGGUUUGGUAGAAGUUUGUUUCCAAACCCAAUGAUGUUUACCCCGAGUGAAACAAAUAUAUUUAUACGUAAUUAUUGCCUUGCUCUUGUUUAAUAUGAUCGUCUAUUAAACAAUUCAUGGGCCA